GCCGGACCACUGCCUGGGAACGUGCCGGACAGAAAAUGAAUCACGUGAAGUAGCCUUGAAGUUGAAAUGGAAUCCUGGCAAAUACUCCGUCCCCUAAUUUAUGGUACAAGAAAUAGAGGCAACAGGAUUCUGAUGAGAGAUAUGAAGAAAGCGCGCGUAAGAUGAAAAUCAGCAACGAACUCAUCCUGCGCUGUUCCUCCAGACACCUGUUGGAUCCCAGAAAAGGGGAAGGAGAUGAAGCCAUUCUGUCCCGGAUUACUCAUCUGUACCUCCAAGAACAGCACAUUCGGAACAUCGAGAACUUGGAAAACUGUGAAAAUUUGCUGGCUUUAUACUUAUACGACAAUCGAAUUGAGCGGAUAGAGAACUUGGAAGGCUUGAGUCGAUUAAAUUGCUUAUAUCUGCAAGGGAACCGCAUUAAGACAUUAGACAACUUGAAUACCUUAGAACAACUUACUGUCCUGAAUAUCAGUCGCAAUGCCAUCACAAAAUUGGAGAAUCUUAAGGGCUUGGCCAAUCUACGGGAAUUGUAUAUCGAAUAUCAAAAAAUACCAGAUGAUGCUCCAGCUCUGGAAGUGGAUCCAGAAUCAAUAGAAGCCAUUGCGGGAUCUCUUCAAGUGCUGAGUGUGUCAGGAAAUCGGCUGAAGACUCUGCAAGCCUUCAGACCUCUGCGCUGUCUGCAACAUCUGCAAGCAGAAGAGAAUCAUAUUUUGGAUCUAACAGAGCUAGUAGAGACGGCUGGAAAUUGGGCAGAAAUCCGGCAUUUGAGACUUUCCAGCAAUCCUGUUUGCAGGCAAAGGAAGUACAGGGACAGUUUAGUGGUCGCCUGUCUCGAACUUGAAGAUUUGGACAGCCGUCCCAUCACAUCGUCUUAUCGAAAUUUCUUGCUCAACUGGCAGCAAUGCCGGGCCCUGCAGGAGUUGAAGAAAGAGAGCUACACAUUGCUCAAGCCCUUCUUGCAGGAACAGAUUCACAACAGGCAGCUGACCCCUGCCAGUUCCCGCCAGAGCAGCGUGUCCAGUUCACAGUCUGAGACUGCAACGGCGGGAACCAGGACACGGUCCAGGUCGAUUCAGCGGAAAUCCUCCCAGGGCAAGUCCUUGUCCAGGGCACGAUCCCUGCAGGAAGUGCGCAACAAAAUUGUUAAGAAGUUCACUAAGGGCAACAAGGCAAAGGAGUGACUUCUUCGGCUUAACA